GUCUCCUAAAAAGGUCCCAUACUUCCACUUGCCUUCUCUGAAGUCUAAACCUUGAGGCAUAAAUUCUCAGAUAAACUCUUCUUUUUAAGACCAUCUCUAUCUCUCUCCCCCUCGAAUCGAAUCACCCCCACCGUUACAAACUCCAUCCCGGCGGGUUUCCCAACACCGCUUCCGGCCCUAAACGGAAAGCCCACUAGCUCUUCACCGUGUUUUUCCGCUUGUGGUACUAUCUCUUUAAGCUCCAUUGAAGCAAGGCGCAGUGAUGAAGUCUUGGCUCUUCUAGCAGAAAAAAAAAGAUGCUUUCUUUGAGGGGGUUUUGGAGGAGGCAUAGGAGGAAGGUGCUUGUUACAACUGGUGUGUUAGGAGGUGGAUAUCUACUGUAUAAACUGUAUAAUGCUCACAGACAAAGGCUUGCUGAUUUGGAGACCGAACUCGCCCACGAGCAAGAAGGCAGUGAUGAGCUCCUUAAGGCUACAAUGCAAGCUCAUUUCGAGAGCAUUCAGAGCAUUGCUGAUACAACCACGCUGCCGCACGCGAUGCACUAUUUGAGUAAUCGGAUAGCAGAAGAGAUGGAUACUACUUACAUCACCGAAAGGUUGAUGCAAAUGAGGGGGAAGUCUCCGGAGAAACUUGAAUUGUGGGAUAGAUUAAAAGUUCUAAGUUUCACAAGAAUGGUGCUGUCGUUAUGGGCGAUGACGAUGCUUAGCUUAUAUAUUAGAGUUCAAGUCAAUAUAUUAGGGAGACAUUUAUACAUUGAUACUGCACGUGGUUUUGGAAGCUCUCUUAUAGUUGAGGAUGCUGAACUCAUUGAUAGGGAUGACCAGCAGAAGUUUCUAGCAAGUUCUGAUUAUCUCACCAGUUAUGGAAUGCCUGCCUUAAUUUCAAAUAUCCAGGCAGCAGCAACUGAAGUUCUUAAUGGAAAGCAGUUAACCGAUCGAUUCAAUACCACUGUCCUCCGUGAUACUAUUAUGCAAAUACUUGACAAGUUCAUGAGCACUGGAAGUCAUCAUCACUGGGUGAACUACUUGAUGCCUGAGGAUGCUCGUUGGGUUGAACUAACGACUGCCUUCAGCAGUGAUAGCACAGUUCUUCCUGAUGUCACCAAAUUUGAACAACUCAUGUUGGAGACACGGUCAGUAAUAUCAAGUGGUGAAUUUGGAACUAUUGCUGAGAUGGCAUUGAGAGCAGUGGUGGAUACUGUGGUAGUGGAUAUGGGUGCUCAAUCUGGAGGAGAUCUAGCGCCGGGAACACCCCUUGCCAAAGUUCUGGCAAGAGUUGCACAGAUGGGGCCCACACUCCUCGGAGAAUCAAGCAAAUUCAUACAGAUCAUUCUAAAUGUACCAGAAGUUGAGCUCUUUUUUACUCUCAUCUACUCACAUAUGCAAAUCCCUUAGGUUAGAAACAGAUCCUAGUUCCUUUUUAAAGUGAUUGGUUAUUUCCUUACAAUCAAGGCAGCAACAGUAAAUAUACUCAGCAUUUGGGAUUCAAGUGCUCAAAAGUCAAAAAUUUGAAAGAGCAAUAAUAGAUAGAGAUGAGGAUUACUGCAG